AUAAAUUUUUAAUUUGUUUUGGACCGCACGACAAGUUUCCAACAAAUUUUGGCGCCGUUGCCGGGGAAAGUUUUGUAUGAAAUCACUUUAGUAUGCCAUUGUGCUCUUUGUUUUUUGUUAGUAAGCAUUGCUGUAGUAGCCUCUUUUCUUGAGUUCUAGACUUUUUUUUACAUGCCUAUUCAUAGAAUUGGGGUUUUGUGUGCUAGAGGUAACUAAAGUCAGCCUGUUUUAAUGUCUUGAAUGCUGAAUUCGUACUCCAUUUGCUGUUUUUGUGAGAUUUUUGGCCAAUUUUUCAUAAAACUGCUUUUUGAGACUUUUUUUUGGCAUAUCUUCUUGCUGGUUUUGUUUCUUUCAACCAUAUACGCUUACUUGAAUGAACAUGGUGCUAUUUUUUAGAGGUUACAAAUAUUGAGUUUGAAUGAAUUAGUUAUUGUUUUCUCAAAGGAAAAAAUGAUUUAAAAGUUGCUGAUUUUUCUAAAGUUUGCACUUUUUACUUAACAUAUGUGCUGAUUUUUGUCCCAUAGAGUGUUUCUUUGCUUGAAAUAUGAACUAGAAUUGAUAAAUCUUGCUUAGGGACAACUUUAUAAGCCUACCAUGGUGUUUAUAUGAUAAUUUUGAUGCUAUAAGUGUUGUUUUACAGACAAACCUGAUAAAUUGCUUCUCUUUUAAAAAAUUCAGCAACCUUUUUCAAUGAUAAUCUGAUUUUUUUUAGUUCCUUAGAUGCUCAUUUGUUGAAUUAUGAACUCUAUUUAUCAAAAAAAACUUGCAUAGGAACUGAUUCGAAGGCACAUAGCAUGACUUUACAUUCAUAUUUUGAUCCAUACAUGCUGAAUUGUGUACUAGAGGGGCUAAAGGAUCAAGAAAAUCUGAUUUUUGAAAUUUGCUUCAUAUGUUGCAUACUUGAAUCUGAUUUUUAGUUCCAAAAUGACCAUCUAGUGAUAAUCUUGGUGUAGAAACUGCCAACUAAAGCUGAAAUUUGAGAGCAUAUAUGGAUUUUUAAUCUUUAUUUGUUUUAAAGAAACAUAUUUACUUUACUACUUCAUGGCUUAAGUGAUUUUUUUUUUGCAAGUUGGAGCAUCUCUGUUUGGAGUAAAAAUCUGCACAGAAAUGGUGCAAAAUCUGAUUUGAACGGCAACUCAAAGUGCUUGGGUGUUGGUAUGCUAUUUAAGUUUCAGUUUUCUUAAGCCUUGGGUGUUUAUAUUUGAUCUUUCAUGGGCUGAAAAUUGAAAAAUUCUGCACUUUUAAGGCUGAAUUUUGGGAACUAAUGGGAAAAUCUGACCUCUCGGGUGUUAUAAUAUGGUCAUAUUUAAGCUGAAAAUUGAGACAUACGCAUUGUUUACUGCUGAUUUUUGGAUACUAAUGAAAAGUUCUGCAUUUUGAAAAGUUAUUUUUGGACUUGUGAGCUGUUUUUUUUAGUGCAGAAUGAAAAUUCUACACUUUUUACAGCUUAUAGGUGCUGAAAUAGAAAAAAAAUCUGCAAUCUUUUCUUAGUGUUCAAUCUGAUUUUUGAGUUCACCAGAUGCAUAUGUGCUGAAAUAUGAUGUAUAUGAGCUGCUUUGCAUGUGCUUGAUAUGACUUUACCUUCUCAUAUGCAACAUAUUCUUUUGGAAAGUGCAAAAAGGCACAAGAAUUUGUUCUCAAGAACCUGACUUGAAGCUUGAGAUCUGCAUUUCUUUGAAUCUGAUUUUUCUCUCUUCAAAGCAAAAAGACUUGGUCUUAGUCAUGUUUUGCAGAUUUUAGGUCCAUCGAGCACUUUAAGGAGGGAAAAGUGAUGAAUUGAUGCUCCCUAUACUUUGUUUUUUAGUUGCAUUCCCCUUUCCCCUUCUCUCUUUGCUAAGUCCGUGCUUGCUUAAUAUUGCCAUUUGCAUACCAUAUAGAUGCAUUGAGGACUAUGCACAAUUUAAGUGUGGGGGGAGAUUAUCAUAUUUAUUCCGUUGUUUGGGGAGUAUUUUUUUGGGGCAAAUUUUUUUUUCAAAAUUGGUUUUGGGUCCAAAAUUUUGUCAUUCUUAGUUGCAUAUCUUCUUAUUUAGAGCAUUGUUUUCAAAAUUGACCCAAACACCUCAUUGUUUUCCUUAGGGCUUUAUUCUGAAAGAUGGCAAGUGUAUACUUUAUAAACCCACAUUGAGUCUUUAUGCUCUUUUCUUGGUUAAAAAAAUGACCUUAAAAUGUUUGAAAUCCUUCUAGGAAUCCCAUAGAAUUUUGUUUUCUAGAACUUGUUCAUCCACAUAUUAUCUAGAUGCUGCCUAAUCAACCAUUACUUAAUAUUAAAAAAAACAGAGAGAAACCAGUUUUAGGAGCCUUUUUUUUAAGAAAAUUGAGUGAUUUUUAUAUUUUUAGGCUUAUUGAUGAACCUUGCUGCCGCUGCUAUUGAGCCAUUUUAAACCGUAAGAUUCCACUAGGAAACUUUUUUGUAGCAGCUCUAGAGCAUUUGUUAGAACCCAAAAAUCCACACCUUAGUUUUCCAUACUUGUAGGAUUUCUAGCUCACUUUGUUUUCAAAAAUGUGUUGGGCAUAAAGUCUUAAGUGUGGGGGUGUAAAGUGCAUUUUGUUUUUCUUGAUGAUGAUUGAAAUUCAAAUGGUUUCUUUUUGGUCUUUUGAACGAGGACGUUCAAGUCUUAAGUGUGGGGAAACGGACGAGACCAACGCCAAAUGAACCGUUUUUGCACGAGGAUCACGAAUUCCAAUCCUUUUUUUCCAAUUUUGCCUUGAACUUCACGAACUGAAGAUUUUAGGCUCGGGAACCCUAGGAUCCGAAAUUGGGGGUUUCUUCAAAUUGGCUUCAAUUUCUACAAUUGAUGGUUCUUCUGUGGUUGGAUGGACCGUGGGAGGUGACUGGUGGGGUUGCGCGACGUCAGAGGUGGCGGAGGUGGCCAGAAUUGAGGAAAACCCGACGGAAAUCGCCGGCCCAGGUCGCGGCGGCGAUCUGGUGAUUCCGGUAACCAAAUCGGCUGAGAUCGGUAGCGUUGGAGUCGCCUAUUCUUUCUCCCGAAGUAGGAAGGACUGUUUUCCAAUUUUGAGCUGUAUUUUCGAUUUUGAGCCGAGAAUGGGCUGUUUCCGUAUUGUGUUCAGGUGGAGAAUCAAAAGGGGGAAGGGGUAUUUUUGGUAUUUUAAGUGCUUAGUCAACUCCCAAUAAAAAUGACAAUAAGUCAAGACGUAAACUUUAAUACCGGAUGGAGGGAGUAGCUUUUUAAUCUUUUUUGCAUUCUAUUAUUUAUUUUAUUUUUCCUAACCCAAAAUUAUCAUAUAUUUUAUUUUUGGAGAAAAAUGUAACAAAAAGGCCAAAAUGCAGUUCAAGUUUGGAAAGUAAAGAUUUUGGGCCGCAACCCAAACCCAACACUAAAAGAGACCGGCCCAGCAUACUCUUUCUUCUCCAAUCUCACGCACAAGGAAAAAAAAAGAGAGAAUUCACCACGGAGACUUCUUCUUCGCGUAAAAGCAGCGCCCGGUUACGCUGCAACGUUCGGCUCCAUUAAUUUUGUGAUAAUCAAUUGCCAACGGGAAGAAAUUCAACGGCAAGUGGUUCUCUUUGGACUAUAAAUUGAAGGAAAAUCGCACCAAUUGAAGUAGGGAAUUCACACAGAGAAUAAAGCAGCAGCUUGGCCGCUGCUAUGGAGGUCGCCGGCGAUGGUGGCAGGCGGCGCAGCGAACGGCCGGCAGACACGCAGCAGCUCCAGCUCCGGUGGGUAGCCUCCAUCACAGCUCUAAUUUCUUCAAUUUCUUCAUCUUCUUCCUCCAAUUGGUUGUUUAAGCACAAAAACAAUUUUUAAGUUUUUGAAAAUAUGUAAUGUUUUUCUUAUGUGAAUAGAUUACAAUUCUUAUGCUUGAGUAGUUCAAGGAGACCUGCAAAAUAUUUUCAUCAUUAGACAUUAAAGUUUAUUAAAGUAUAGUGGACAAUCCUACAAACCAGGUGCAGUACAAGGGCCUCUGUGAGCAUGGGUUAUACACACUUCCUUCCAAACUCCCAACCGUUGCGUAUCAAGCUAUCCAAGAGUCCACUUGGCAUCGUAGACUCGGUCACCCAGCUCCUGCGAUUGCCAAAUCUAUUUUGUCUUCCUUAGAGCAGGUAUCUCUAACGCUCUUUGUGACGUUUGAGAAAACGAUCAAAGUUUUUUUGAGAAUGUUGAACGCAGGGAUAGGAGAAGGGCAAUCCACCGUAAGGCCGCCAUUUUUUGAUGGAACAAAUUACUCCUAUUGGAAGGAGCGAAUGAGGAUUUUUGUUCAAUCAAACAACUUCAAAAUUUGGCUUGCUAUCAAGAAUGGAGAUAGUUUGCCGAUGAAGAAGGUAGGCGAUACACUCAUCCCGAAGGACGAGGAUGAAUACGAUGAAGCCGACUUCAAGAAGGCUCAAUUGAAUGCCACCGCCAUCAACUUCUUGUAUUGUGCGGUCAACGCCAACGAUUAUCAAAAGAUAUCUCGUUGCCAAACCGCUAACCAAAUGUGGAACAAGCUCAUGAUCACAUACGAAGGUACGCCUCAAGUUCGUGAAUCAAAAAUUGACUUACUAACCCAUGAAUAUGAGUUAUUUGCUAUGAAAGAGAACGAACUUGUGGAGGACAUGUUUGGGAGAUUUUCAAACAUCGUCAACGACCUUGAUAUGCUUGGAAAGACGCUCACCGACAAGGAGUUAGUGAGGAAAAUCAUGCGAAGUCUUACCAAGGAAUGGGAGUCAAAGGUAAACUCCAUUUACGAAGGCCGGGAUUACAACGUCAUCACAUACGACGGUCUUCGAGGUAACCUUAUCACUUACGAAACAAAUCAUCUUUCUCAUACUUUUGAUGUUAAGAAGAGAACAGGAAUUGCCUUUAAAGCAUCUUCUUCUCAAAAUGUAGAGAUUGAUGAUUCGGAUUCAUAUAUUGAUAGUGAUAAUGAUUCUAGCACUUCUUGUGAUAUUUUGGUUGAAUGUUUUAACGAGUUUUUGAAACAUGAGCUAAACAAGAGCAAGAAGAAAAACACCCCAAGUGUUGAUGAAUCUAUCCAGCCCAGUAUUGUUUCUCACUCAAUAGCUUAUGAAUUGUGGAAUGAUUUGAAGAAACGUUAUAGUUGUUCUAAUGGGCCUCGUGUGUACCAGUUAAAGUCGGAGUUGAAUUCUUUACGUCAGAAAGGUCAAAGUGUUGUUUCCUACUACAACCAAUUCAUUACGUUGUGGAAUCAAUUGUAUGGCUCCUCUGAUCUUACCGGGGGCUUCUGGUUUGAGUCCGCAGGGGUUAUGCGUGCCCGUUUUGAUCGUGACAAAACCGUGGAUUUCUUACUUGGAUUAGAUGAUGAGCAGUUUGGGAAUAUUCGUUCUCAGAUUAUAGGCACUGAACCGGUGCCCGAUCUUGAUCGUGUGUAUUUCUUGGUUACCCAGGAGGAGCGCCAUCGCCAUAUCGUUCGCACUAGAGACGAUCGCACGGACUCCGUUGCCUUCGCUGCCCGAUCCGACAAACGCCCUCUCGUCCCAAACAGGUCUUGCUCGCAUUGUGGUCGUACUAAUCAUAGCGUGGAUACAUGCUUUGAGCUCAUCAGUUUUCCAGCACAGUAUGCUCGUGGUGGAGGGCGGGGUCGCGACACUGGCCCCCCAGGUCGAGGGGGAUCGGCGUCUGGUGGCCGUGGCUCUACUCGGCACGGCAACGCCCCUCACACCCCUGCCGGCAGUGGGCAGCCGGUCCAGGGCAAUAGCGGCGGUCCUCCUGCAGCUGUUCAUGCUUCAGUAUCUGACUCGAGCGGAAACCUCAGUGAUCAAAUGUCUCGAUUGAUGUCUAUGUUAGAGGCGUCCGCUUCUCAUGCAUACACUGGCCACAAAACAGGGAAGUGUGCAUUUGUCAUCUCGUUUGGUACUAAGUAAUAUGUUAUACGUACCAAACUUACAGUUGUUAGAAUAAAAAACCAACGCUAGAGGGGGGGUGAAUAGCGUUUGAUCGGAGAAAUCGCAGGAAUUUAAAAAUUAAAAGAGAAGUAAAGAGAAGAGUAAAAGGCACACCGAAUUUUACCCUGGUUCACCACAACUUGUGGCUAGUCCAGCCUCCCGAGAGACUCUCUCGAGCUACACUACUAUCUCGUUAAGCUUGCGGGUGCUUAACAAAUCGUU